UCAAAACCCUAAUUCAUAAGUAAUCUAUCUAAACGAAGCACCUGAUUUUUCCUUCACUUUUCCUAUACUUAUGAAUUAGGGUUUUGAAGAAUUACCUGAUAUAUAUAUAUUUUUUGUAAUAAUUUAUUGAAAGAGAGAGAACAACUACGACCAUCUAGAGCAAUGGCUGAAGAAGCUGGUAUGUUUACGGUACAUCAAACCAUCGGUAAUGUUUUAUGUUGCAAGUGUGGUAUUGCAAUGCUACCAAAUGCUGCAAAUAUGUGUGUCAAGUGCUUACGUUCUGAAGUUGACAUCACUGAAGGUUUACAAAAGCAUGUCAUCAUCAUACACUGCCCUGAGUGUGAUACCUAUCUGCAGCCACCAAGAACUUGGAUUAAAGCCCAACUAGAAUCAAAGGAGCUCUUGACAUUCUGUGUGAAGAGAGUGAAGAAUUUGAAUAAAGUUAGGUUGCUACAUGCUGAAUUUAUUUGGACUGAACCCCACUCCAAGAGAAUGAAGAUCAAACUGAGAGUUCAGAAAGAGGUUCUGAAUGGAGCAAUACUCGAACAAGCUUAUAUUGUUGAGUACGUUGUGCAAGAACAAAUGUGUAAAUCUUGUUCUAGGGUACAGGCCAACCCCGACCAGUGGGUCGCUGCAGUGCAGCUACGUCAGCAUGUUCCUCACAGGCGAACUUUCUUCUAUUUGGAACAGGUAAUUCUUAAGCAUGAUGCUGCAGCCCGUUCGAUAAGAAUUAAGCAGAUGGAUCAGGGUAUUGAUUUCUUUUUUGCUAAUCGGAGUCAUGCUGCAAAGUUUGUGGACUUUCUGGGCAAAGUUGCUCCAAUAAGGAGUCGUCAUGACAAACAACUCAUAUCUCAGGAUACCAAGAGCAAUAAUUACAAUUAUAAUUAUACUUUCUCUGUUGAAAUCUGCCCAAUUUGCCGUGAGGACUUGAUCUGUCUCCCUCAAAAAGUUGCAAAUAGCUUGGGAAAUCUUGGUCCUCUUGUGAUUUGCACAAAAGUGAGCAACAGUAUUGCUUUACUGGAUCCGUUUACUUUGAGGCACUGUUUCUUGGAUGCUGACCAGUAUUGGAGGAUGCCCUUUAAGCCUCUACUUUCUAGCAGGUGGAUUGUAGAAUACAUAGUAUUAGAUGUGGAGGUUGUCCCUUCAGAAGUUAACAUUGGUGGCUCAAAAUAUGUUUUAGCUGAUGCCCAAGUAGCUCGUGUAUCCGACUUUGGGAAGAAUGAUACAAUUUUCUCUGUAAGAACACAUUUAGGCCAUCUUUUAAACCCAGGGGAUUAUGCUUUUGGUUAUGACUUAUAUAGGGCUAACAGUAAUGAUAUUGAACUGGACAAGUACAAAGGCCUUGUCCUCCCUGAUGCAAUUUUAAUUAAAAAGAGCUUUGAAGAGAAGCGCCAAGGGAAGCAUGGGAAGCCUCGUGCAUGGAUGCUUAAAUCUGUUAACAUGGAAGUGGAUAACUCCGCUAAAGGUGGUAGAGUUGAAGAAGAGAAGAUGAACUCAGAGUAUGAACAGUUCUUGAACGACUUGGAGGAGAACCCUGAUAUGAGGUUUAAUAUAUCGUUAUACCAUAAUAAAGAAUACCAGCUAUCAGAGAUGUCUGUGACUGACGGAGAGGAUGUGCCUUCUGUGCCUUUGGAAGAGCUGCUUGCUGAUCUUGAUUUAAGUGAUUUGGAAGUUGAGGGUAGCACGAGGGAGUGAAUUGAAGCUGUUUUUGUUCCCAUGGAUGUUCUAAAAUUUACUAGAAGUUAAUGGUUCACAGUCAUAAAUGCGCACCCAAGGCUUUGGCAUCUGUAUAUGAGACAAGCUGCAUUUUCUCCUUUGCUGAGUCUCAGUGUGGAGAUUUAAGUUUUGCUGGUUGUGUUCUCAAGAUGGAGGUCACCAUAUGCUUGCCGUUUAGUAUGUUGCUUUCAAUCGAAACAAUGUUUCUUGCUUCUGUUUCUCUUACCGUUUUAUUUCUAUUUCUUCUUUUGACAUGUAUGUGAAGGUCUUUGUAAAAUAGCAUCUUGAUACACUUGGACAUAUGCCAAAUUAUUAUAGGCUUCAUAUUCUUUCUCUA